CUAAUAGCCUAUCUACGAAAUCUAACAAUUUAUUCAAGAUUAAAAACUCAACUCUCAAUAAACUGAAGAUGGACUUCAAUAAUCAGAGAUGUAUACAAAUUAACAGACUCGGCGUUAAUGGUAUAGAAGAUCCAAAUUGUUGGGAUCCUCUGAUAGACAAGUUAAAAGAAUUAACCUACAUUGGCUUCAAUACAAACAUACAAAUGCGUUUACAAGACGUCGAGAAAUCUGAGAACCAAAUAAAUCUUCCUGGUUGGAACUUCUGCACUUUCUUCAUUCUAAAGGAAUCAAUUGCUUUGUCUUACAUAGGAAUAAACCUAUACAAUGAAGCUUUGCAGAUAUACUCCCAAUUAGAGCAGCUUUUCCAUCAUAGAUUAGUUGACAACUCAGUCAUAUCUCAGUUCGCUGAUUUUGGGGGUCUAGGUGAUUCAGACGACUCUGGAGAUUUACUUUCAACGACCAAGAAACCUUACAGGCAAAUGAUGCUAUCGAAUUCCAUAUCGAUCUUCGACUUUAGACUUUACUUGUUUGCUUGUCAAGCCAAAAUCCUGGGAGAUCUUUUGGGUAAUAUUGAACAAGUCGCUACACAGUCUCUGGAGUUUAUAAAUUCAUUUGGUCAGACGAUUGUUUCUCAUUCUAAGGACCUCAAAAUGAAUUUCCUUCAAUAUUGGAAAUUCACUUCGAGUAUGAGUGUCAUUCAACAGUGCGAUAAAUGGUUUACAGAGGAGCAGAAAGUAAAUGAUAUAGCCAGAGCACGAGUAUUCUCUCAAGUAAAAGCUCAGCUAUAUGAGUUGGCGAUCAGUCAGCUAAAGGAACUGGGUGUCGCUUUUGGUAUCAUACCCAACAAAUAUCCAUUCAUUCGUCAUCUUCCUAAUACCAAAAGAGACAAACGUAUACCCCAAACAUCAAACGAUCAACUCAAAUGGGCGUUAGAGCAACCGAAGGAGUUUGAUAAAUUGUUCGUUCAGCUUUGUAGUUCGGGUGCAAGAUACUACAGAGAAGUAGGCAAGUACAAGGAGGCCUGGUCACUAGACCUUCUUGUCGCCGGUCUGAAUAUGGAACGCAAAAACUUCGAGUCUUCAUUACGAUUUUUCCAACUUCUCAAUGAAUCAGAAGCACGUCCUUCUGGAUCAUCUACAAAAGUAUAUGCUUUGUUAGGUCAAGUUAUUUCACAUUCAAAUAUGAAUGUUGAGAAGGACGUUAAAUGGGCCACCGCUGCUGUUGAUCUCCUCAAGACGUGGUCUAAACUCGACGAGAAUGACAGUGAAUAUACGAAGGAUUUGCUUGACCAGACAGGAAACUGGAAAGGUUUUGAAUGGCUCCUUCACGAAUUGAAGUCAUAUACUGAUACCAAAGGUGAACCUUUGAGCAUCCCCCUUGAGCAUAUUUUCAAAGUAUCGUUUAUGAGUGCUCGUCCGAAAGUCCACUUCAAAGAUGACGAAGACGGAUCUGCUUUAGACGUCUCCGUCGAUAAUUUUCUCCCAUGUGGUAUUACUGCAAAUCAUGUCAAGUUCACGUUCCAGUCACUCAAAGACGAGCGUGUAAUUGAUUAUUCUAGUGAUAACGUCGUAUUGAAUAAAGGAAAUAAUUUACUCAAUACAUUUUGCUUGUCACCUGCUAAUGGCACUUUCGUUUUAGCAAAAGUAGUAGUGGCAUUUGGUAUUGUAUUUGAGGAGAUUAUACCAGAAAGCAUGCGCAGGCAGCGCUGCUUCUUAAACAUACCGUUCGAUGUACGCGCACUGGAUGUGCAACUACAAAGGCCAAAUGACGUCAAUAUCGAUACCAGCGGUCAGGUUAAACUCAAGAUCAAGUCUGAGAGGGCAAGCAUUGAUCAUGCGAAGAUACGCCUGACAUCUCCAGAUAUUUCCUUCAAGUUUGAUAACAGCAAGCUUGUCGAUAAUGGUUCUUCUAAUAUUGACCAUGAUAAAUCGAUCACAGUUCAUAAUUUACAUUCGUGCGAAUGGCAUACAAUCGAUAUUCCCUAUGAAUCCAGUGACAUUUAUUCAUCUUUGGUUCAUAUUCAUGUCGAUUAUUCAACGCUUGGGAAAGCGAGACAGUUUGAGAAAAUUGUCGAGUAUACAAUAGAACUCCCACUAAGUUUGGAAGUUAAGCACACUCAAACGAGUGAUAUGAUUAUCACAUCUGCUGACAUACAAGCGAACUCAAGAUCCAAUGUGCGCAUAAAUGAUAUCAAGUUGCAGCCUGAUAACAGAGCUGAGGAAUUUGAUGAGUUUGUUUUGGCAGCUUCUGAGAAAUCAUCGUUCGGUUUCGCGAUCUCGAAUGAGAAUGAGAAUGAUUUGUCACUCAUGGUAAAGUACAGCACAAUUGAAAAUGAAGUUUAUGAUCUAGUUCAUGAGAUGGUUCAUAGUGCUAUAAGUUCCCAAAAUUUGUCGCAGCAUGUAGAGUGGAUAACAGAAUAUAUCGUCGGACAUCAUUCCUGGGAUCAUUGCAGCGGUCAUGAGUAUAGGAUGGUAGAUGAUAAAGUACUUGAAAAGAAAGUGAACGGUCUUGCAUUUAUGGAUGAAGAGAGGUGUACAUUGAAAGAUGCCAUUAUUACAACAAUUGAGAAAUUGCCGUCUCAAGAAGUCGUAACUCAAAGAUGGUCUACAUGUACACUUCCAAUCAAGCUUCCGCGUGCAGAUGUGAUUACAACAGCAUGUAUCAGUUUAACGAAUAAUGAGAAAAUGUUGCGGAUAGGUGAAGCUACAAGCAUAACGAUGAAGCUUUCUACGAAGGGGGAAAUCGAAGGACCACUUCGCUAUGAACUUGAAACACCACUUGAUGAAUGGCUCGUAAGCGGCAAAGUCAGAGGUGAAUAUAAUCAUAUAGAGGGUCUGGAAAUUAAAGUUUCGCUACUUCCAAUCAAGAUGGGUCUUUUGAAUCUACCAGAAGUCAUCAUAUACAAAGAUGACAGACGUAUAUGCACAUUCAUCGAAAACAAGAGGAAAGUAGAGGUCAUACCGAAAAUAUCUCCUGAGCAGACCUUCACUGUAGACCUCCCACGAAGGGAACUCAUAGAUUGGGCUCGCGAGCGUGAGAGGAGUGGCAAGUUACUCCAGUCUUCACAUGUGCGAGUUGAAUCAACGGCACCUUAAAUUAGUGUCACGUAUUUUGUUUACUGCAUGAAAGGAACAUCAUAGGUGUCUUACUAUUGUAC